GCAAUGAAUUGGCCUUCCUCAAGCGAAAAGAGGUACAUGGUGAUAUAGCAGCCCCCCGCGGGCUGUCACCUCAGCUUGGAUUAGCUUGUCAUCCGUCUUCCGUCUGCUGCCGCGAAAUCUCACGAGGUAGGGCGUGUUGAAACUUAGGGCACCUUAACCAUAACAAGCGUGGGCUUAAUCCCGACGACUAGCAUGUAGCGUCCCAUGAAACUGGUGCUAUAGCUGCACGGAGCCGUCCAAUGUCACUGUUGCUCCCAACUUGAGUCAGUUGCAUAUAGCCUCGACUGGAAGUUCCGCAUGGGGACGGGCAGAUCCCCUUCUUUAGCUGCAGCAGAAAUAUAAGGCAAGGUUCGGCCCUUUACCUCCUGUCGAACUCCUGCUCGCGAACGACAGUGCACAUACCUAUUAUGUCGGCAACACUUCAGGACUUCCAACUCGCGGCCGCUGCCGCUGGGUUCACGAUCGGGUUUGGGUUUCUUACCGUCUGGGAAGCAUGGAAGCAGACACGGCGCAACCGUAAUCCAUUAAGAUCUGUCUACAUUUACAUGCUCUGGGGAGAAAUCGCGGCAAACGUCAUCAUUGGUAUCAUCGGCUGGCUGUUUCUCAAUGGUAGACUGGGUCCUACUGUUCCGGUGUUGUUCUUCAUUCUCUUGCUAUGGGUAUUCGAAAUACAGCUCCUCAUGCAAAUUAUCAUCAAUCGAAUCGCUCUCAUCGCCGAGCACCGAAGCACUGUCUCGCGUCUCAAGUGGGGUACAGUGGUCCUCAUCACUACUAUCAACAUUGCUGUUUUCUGUAUUUGGAUUCCUGCACACACAGUUCCACCCAUCAGCAACACUUUCGUUCUCAUCAACAACGUCUGGGAUAAGAUCUCCAAAGUUUUAAUUCUCAUUGUCGAUGCUGGCCUCAACUGGUACUUCCUGCAUACUGUCAAGAUCAGACUACUACAGCAAAACGGCUUGACGAAAUAUCAACCUCUCAUUAGCUUCAAUGCAAAGCUGAUGAUUGUCUCCAUUGGCAUGGACGCUCUGCUCAUUGGCCUCAUGUUCCUCAGAAACCCAGUCGUAUACAUUCAAUUCCACCCCGUCGUGUAUAUGGUCAAACUCAAUAUCGAAAUGUCCAUGGCCUCCCUCAUCGUCCGCCUCGCGCAAGGAAAGACCGAAAAUGAUAUGGACCCCGAGGCGUUCCACAGUUCCAGCGGCCCCGCAACGUCGCAUGCCGACAAGCUCUCAAGAAAAGGCCGCCCUAAAGCAGAACAGUUGCAAUCCUUCAAACUGACAUCAAAAGGCUUGAAGAGCAAUAAUGCGCAUAGCCGAAACGACAGCGACGAGGGCCGUGGUGAAAUUCACUGCCGAACGGAUCUGAACGUUGUCUCUGAGCGAAUCGAUAUGGCCAAGGUUGAUACGGAGGCUAGCAGCUCGAGAAGCUCACGCGAGACACCACGCUCGAUGUUUGGGGACGAGACGCCGUUGCACAAAUACAAUGCAACAAUACACGCAAGAGAGUUAUAGUCAUUUCAUUUGUUAACAUGUAUAUAGUGAGUGAGUUUACACUCUUAAUGAUAUAAUACUUC